GCAUUACCACCGGGAUGAGCGCGGCCGAGGGCCGGCCCCGGUGCCGGUGGGGCGGCGGCGGCGAGGCGGUGCUCCGUGCCCGUGCUGAGGCCGCCGGUUACCGGAGGCUGCUGCGAGCCCGAGCCGCCGAGGUGGAGGCGUUGCGGGGGGCGGUGGGCGCGUUACACCGGCAGCUGGAAGGGCUGCGGGACCGGCGGAGCGGGGAGCUGGCCAAGUACCAGGAGCGGGUGGCGGAGCUGGAGCGGGAGAUCGGGGCGGCGGAGGCGGAGAUGGCCCGGUGCCUGCGGGAGUACCCGGCCCUGCUGCGGCUGCGGAUGGCGCUGGAGGCGGAGAUCGCCGCGUACCGGUACGCGAGGGGGGCGCGGGGGGCACAGGGGGCGAGGGGCUUAGCCCGGCCCUUCUUUUUCAGGGAGAUGCUGGAGAGCGAGGAGCUGCGCCUGGGCGGCCUGGCCCCGCCUUGACUGGACCCCCGGAGCCCCGGUACCACCACCGGAUCCCGGUCCUGCCGUUACCACUGGACCCUCGGUCCCAGGACUGGAUCUUCAGCCCCAUAACCGGACCUCGGUUCCUCCGCCGGACCCCAAACCCCCGACUCCGCGCCCACGGUUCCCUGGGAACCUCUGGAGCUCUCUGGACUCACGGAGCCCCGGUCCUUCUGCCCCCGACCCGUUCCACGGGUCCCCCGGACUUCUGCGUGCCCGCCUGCCCCGGGACCCCCGGGAGGGCAGCGCCCGUGGGGACGCACACUCACCAGCCUCUCCGGGGUGGGGGUCCCGGCCCAGACCCGUGUGGAAGCACCUCAAUAAAGCCCCGUGGCAUCA